ACACGUUGUAGUGAAUAUUUACUAUUUCGGUGUUCAUGAAUAUACGAGGGAGGUUGUAGUAGUAAAAUUGAAUCAAAAGAAAGACUUACACUGAGAAAGGGGAUUGCGUUGAACGGAAAUAGCAACCAGAGAGGGUUACCAAGGUAGUGACGACGCACAGGACGAGAAGACAGUCGAGGGAGUGUGUUAUAUUAGCAGAGACAGAAAGAGAGAGAGAGAGAGAGACUUCUAAAAUCCAAAGUUACUGUAGCAAUAUUUCACACUGGUGUUGUGAAUGUAAGGCCCAGAGCGUCUGCGCACGCAUACACGUAGCUUUGCGGACUUUUGAUGCAGGCUCGCUGGUGACUUGUCGAUGAAGACCCUUUCAGAUUGUGGACAGGUGACAGCUAUAACUGCCCAAUGGAGAAAUAUGAAAAGCUGGCCAAAAUUGGCGAGGGUUCCUAUGGUGUGGUGUUCAAAUGCAGACACAGAGAUACUGGCCAGAUAGUAGCCAUCAAGAAGUUUGUGGAAUCUGAAGAUGACCCUGUCAUUAAGAAGAUUGCAUUGCGAGAAAUACGUAUGCUGAAGCAACUGAAACACGUCAAUCUGGUCAACCUGCUGGAGGUUUUCAGGAGGAAAAGACGGCUGCACUUGGUGUUUGAGUUCUGCGAGCAGACGGUCCUCAAUGAGCUGGACAAACACCCUCGAGGGGUUCCCGAGGCUCAGCUGAAGAGUAUAGUGUGGCAGACUCUGCAGGCUGUCAACUUUUGCCACAAGCACAAUUGCAUCCACCGUGAUGUGAAGCCAGAGAACAUCCUCCUCACCAAAACCGGAGUCAUCAAGCUCUGUGACUUUGGCUUCGCCCGCAUUCUGACAGGACCAGAAGAUGAGUACACAGACUAUGUAGCGACUCGCUGGUACCGGGCCCCUGAGCUGCUGGUCGGCGAUACUCAGUAUGGGCCUCCUGUGGACGUGUGGGCUCUGGGCUGUGUCUUUGCUGAGCUGCUUCACGGCAAUCCACUCUGGCCUGGAAAAUCUGACGUUGACCAGCUCUACCUCAUCCGAAAAACUUUAGGUGACCUGAUCCCUCGUCACCAGCAGGUCUUCCGCUCCAACGUUUUCUUCAGUGGAGUCAGUAUUCCUGAACCUGACACAACGGAGCCCUUGGAAAAGCGCUUCCAUGGCGCGUCUCUUCUUGCCCUGCAGGUUAUGAAGUCAUGCCUGGUGAUGGACCCCUGUCUCCGGCUGUCCUGCGAAGAGGUGCUGGAGCUGCCUUACUUCCAGGAGGAAGGAGUCAACUGGUGCCGUGAGAGUGAGCGCCUGGGAAGACGUCAUGACAAAGGCUCUCGACGCAGACAGCCAGGGGCUCAGUACCUGCCUCAGUUACCAAACAGCAACGUCUCACCAGCACCGGAUGUUAAGAAACAGGUGAAGCAUAAAUAUCACCUGCCCAACAUUUAACAAAGGAACUAAUUGGUCUUCAAGUCUGUGGCAGAACUUAAAGAGAUUGACUUGUGCUGUGCUUUGUGCAAUCAGUUCAAUACAGUCCAUUUUGAAGACAGAUAUUUUCUUGGUGUGACAGUGAAAAACACUUCAUCAAUCAUCGUCAUGUUUGUUGACAUUAUCACGUACUAAUCUUUACAAAACAAACAAAAGUUAGGGCAUUUCCAGUUUCCAGUUAGGCAACACACUCACAGUACUAAUACCAAAUAAUAUAGCAAGUGUCUGCAAACAUGGGCACUGCAAUUUCACAUCUCUAAAAAAUUUAAAUUAAAUAGCUCAUGAAAGUCACCAAUGUGCCAUCAUCACUUGGAAAAAAGUACUACAGUUUACCUGUAACUACAGGCUCAUAACAGCUAUAAAAUAUGUGCUACAUGUUAGGAUUAUUCCAUACUGUAUAACAAGAUGGUCAAUACACCAGAAUCUUUUUUAAUCAUGUUUAUUUCCGGAUACAUUUUAUUAUAAAAAUUAUAGACUUAUUAACUGCAUUUUUUAG